GCAAUGGACAUGGGUGAUAGACCAGUAUAUCGCCGGCGCUUGCGUAUCGCAUGCGACCCAUGUCAUGAGCGCAAAAGAAAAUGUGAUGGAGGCCGUCCCUGCAACAUGUGCCUUGGCUAUGGGUACGACUGCUCGUAUCGCCCAUCGCCACGGAGCCGGCAAUCUCAAAAACACGCAGGCCGGCCUCGAAGCGCACAACAGCAUUCGCCUACCUAUCUACGAUCCGUGGAGAGUAACUCUGGCGCGGCCUUUGCACGUCUGCUUACCAUGACGCUCGAAUCAUCUGAUCAGAGCGCUUCUCCAAUGCGAUUGCUGGCAUGGAACCUGUGGCUUGGAGAAAGGCAAACCGCGGCCCGGCCAAUGCACCACGAGACACUUACAGCGAUUCUGUCCGAAGCAGAAAUGCGGCAUCUGGCUGCCUUCUACUUCAAAAACUUCCACCCGUGCUAUAGCUUCAUCGACAAAAACAUGCUGCUGCAAAGCAUAUCCAACACGUGGAAUGAGCAGAGACGGUCUAACGCGCAGGAAGCCCUCUUGAGUGGCGUCGGGGCCCUCGCCCAUCUCUUUUCCAACACUCAAGACAUUGAGACUGAGCUGAGUCUUGUUGCGCUUGCUAAGCAUCUGCUAGAUCCUUCGGUUGCGGACCCCCCGUCGCUGCAUAGUGCUACUGCGUGGGUUCUCCGCACUGCAUAUCUACGGGUCACAGCGAAGCCAGAAGAGGCGUGGCUAGCCAGCUGCACUGCUCUCCACAUCAUCGACGCAGCAGGUCUGGUAAGCAAUACCAGCCGUGGUAGCGCCUUUACCGCCUCUCAAGAUCCUGUAAACAUCCAUCUUCGCAAGAGAGUCAUUGGCGUAGCGCAGCACCUCAACAUAUGGAUGUCAUACGACCUGGGUCGAAGUCGUGUAUCCCUCCCCAAUAUCGACACGGCUCCGCCAUCCCCACAGCCGGGAGAAUACACAGUGGAACUACUGGAUAUCCUCCCGUACUCUCAAGACUUGGAUCCAACCAACGAACUCGGCGUAGACAGCCUUGUUGCAGCGUUAGUCGACGUUUUAAACCGCACCCACACUGAGGCGCCAUCCGUGCUCGCCCAGUGCAACCUGAUGCUAUGCAUCCAUCGGCGGCUGCACGCCUCCAAGCUCGAGGUUCCAGAAACCCUCAUAAGCAAGGUUCUCGCUCUGAUUCGCAAAGGCAUCCAUGCCGUCCAUGCCAAUGUGGCCGCCGCCCUGCCCUGGCACCACGUCGCCUACAUCCCGUUCCAAGCCGUCUGCACCCUCCUUGUCAUUGACACCGUGCAGUCCUUUGCUCUGCUAUCCGAAGCCCUAGCCUGCGUUAUCGCCGUGCAUGAUGCGUAUCCAACCGACGCGACGCGCGAAGCGGCUGCUGCGGCAUGCACGCUGCUCAAGCUGCAUCGGCGGCGAAGGGAAGCAGAGCUCAAGAAGCAUUCCGACAUGCUCAGCCUGUACCCAUCUGUAGAUUUCCCAUUCCACGACGGCGACGGCGAUGCACUCAGCGGGGCUUCGUUGCAGGAUUUGGCCUGGUUCAACGAGUUCCUGGCACAUUCGAACCCAGGGCUAGACCUUGAUCCACUGAUGCAGGCGUUGUAG